AUGGACAAAGGUGAACCCUCUUUAGUUCCGGAAUGGUUGAGAAGUUCAGGGCAUGCUUCUGGUGGUGGGAGUUCAAACCAUCUCUUUAUAUCAUCUUUUCCUCACUCAGAUUCUGCAUCUUUACCACUUAAUAGUCGGAAUAAGAACUCUAGGGGCAAAAGUGAUGUUGAUUCAAUUCGGUCUCCUUUUCUGGAUCGAUCUUCUUCUACUAAUUCAAGAAGGAGCUCUAGUAAUGGGUCUGCUAAACAUCCGUAUAGUAGUUUCAGUUUCAAUAGGAGUCAAAGGGAUAAGGACCGCAGCAGGGACAAAGAUAGGGUAGAUCCAUGGGACCUUGACACUUCUAUGCCUCUCAGAAAUAUCUUAACCGUUAGGGAUCAGGACCAAUUGCGGCGAUCACAUUCGAUGGUGACAAGGAAACAGGCCGACCACUUGUCUCGAGGGUUUUCUAUGGGCUUGAAAAAUGGUGGCAGUAGUAGCAGUUACAAUGGAAAUGGUAUACGUAAUGGACCUAGCAUGGGAAAUAGCUUUCUGAGGACUGGUUUUGAUAAGGAUUUUCCUUCGCUUGGAGCUGAAGAGAAGCAUGAUGGGCAAGAUGUUGUUCGGGUCUCAUCUCCUGGUCUAGGCUCAGCUGUUCAGAGCUUGCCAGUUAGUAACUCUGCUUUGAUUGGUGGGGAAGGUUGGACAUCAGCUCUGGCGGAGGUUCCCAAUGUCAUCGAGAAGGCUUGCGCUGGGCCAUUAACUUCUCUGAAAGCUAAUGUUGUUGGGAUAGGAUCUUCAACUGGUCUUAACAUGGCUGAAGCAUUGGUGCAGGCUCCAGCAAGAACUCUUACCCCUCCACAAAUUCUUAACUCUUCUGAUAAAUCCAAGACUAAGCAAAUGGUUCGAGCUGGUGAAAUUUGUCUUGCUCCUUCAAAAAACUCCCAACAGCCGCCCUCUGUCCUGCUCGGGAAUGUUCAGUCUAAUUCUAAUGGUCAAAUUAAAUCAGAGAAGAAGCUUUUGGUUCUCAAACCUGCUAGGGAAACGGGUGUCGCUGCUGUUAAAGAAUCUAGAAGUCCUAGUAGUAAUCUAGACAGCAGACCCAACUCUACUCAGCCAAUGAACACUGCUCAAUCAACACAAACUGCUACUGUGAGAAGUACAAAUAGCCCAAAGGAGCCCAAGGGAAUUACUUCCUUCCCCAUGACAUCUGGUCAAACCAUUGAAAAGAAACUCUCCUUAACUCAAACUCAGAGCAGGCACGCAUUUUACAGUGCUCUGAAGCAGAAAACUAUAUCAACAAACGUGUCUACCGAUCCUGUUAACCCUUCACCCACUUGCGUCUCUUCUUCCGUUGAGGAAAGGUUCAACAGGCCAAAGGAACUUGUAGCUAGUGACCCGUCAAGUUCGCAGGUUACAAGAGGUCUUGAAGUCACUCAAAGGAAUACUAUUAGCUUUGAGGCAGCAGACACUCCAGAUGAAGAAGAAGCGGAGUUUCUCAGAUCGCUUGGCUGGGAUGAAAACAAUGGCGAAGUUGAAGCUCUUACAGAGGAGGAGAUAAAAGAUUUUAAUGAACAGUACAAUAAGCUGAGGCCGUCAGUUCCGCAGAAACUGUCCAUCAAACAAGAGCAAGAGAGGGUGUAA